ACCGCUCUUUGUCCUCUCUCUCUUCCGGCUUGGCGGCGCAUGCGCAGUGGCGUCCGAAGCGGUUGCUAGGAGAUGAAAGUGGCCCUAGUGAUGGAGCCGGAAUAAAGUAGUUCGCUCAAGAGGGCAGGAUGCCGCACAAGGUUGGGUUCACUGUUGUAAGUUCAUCCGGGCAUGAGGAUGGCUUCAGUGCAAAAGAACUGAUGGUCCACGCCCCGACCGUGAAUGGAUGGAGGUCACCAAGGCUCUGCCAGUAUCCCCAAGAGAUUGUCCUGCAGAUGGUGGAGCGAUGUAGGAUUCGAAAACUGCAGCUGCUGGCUCACCAGUAUAUGAUCUCCAGCAAAAUCGAAUUCUAUAUCAGCGACAACUUGCCCGAGUACUUUGCGCCAUACAAGUCGGAGAGGUUCCGGAGACUGGGUUAUGUCUCUCUCUCGGACAACGAAAAGACCAGCUACAGAGCCCGAGAGCUGAAAUCGGUCUAUGUGGACGCCGUUGGGCAGUACCUCAAGUUGACCUUCCACAAAAACUAUGUCAAUAGGUACAACUUGUACAGCCAGGUUGCUCUUGUGGCCAUCAAUAUCAUUGGAGAGGCGGCAGAUUUCAACAUUGACAGUAGCCACGUGUCUCGGGAGAAGCUGAUCGAUCAUUACCUUGGGAACAACCCAGACGAUUCGGCUUUAGAUGGAACUUACACUGGGAAGCCAGAUUCCAUUUCGCCGCUGGAUGAUCUGGCCUUUGAUAUGUACCAGGAUCCGGAGGUUGCCCAGAUAAUCCGCAAACUGGACGAGAAGAAGUACGACGCAGUGCGGCAGGAACACUACGACCACGCCAAGAAGCUCAAGCAAGCUAUUGCCGACCUGCAGAAGGUCGGUGAGCGGCUGGGCCGCUACGAGGUGGAGAAACGCUGCGCCGUCGAGCGGGAGGACUACGACCUCGCCAAGCAGAAGAAGCAGCAGAUGGAAGAGUACCGCCUCAAAGUGUACCAGCAGCUGGAGCUACACAACCUCCUGGAUCCGGACCUGAUGGUCCGACGGCCUCUCGACUUGCCUCUGGACCGGCUGGCCUAUCCCGCCAUGUCUCCUCACCACAAGAAGCCUCUGCUCUCUCCCCGCCGGGACAAGACCGAUCCCGAUCCAGCGGAGCCUUUGCUUCUGGAAAAGCCGCCCGAGACCCUCUCCCCGGAGCCCCUCCUCACCCAGCGCUUCUCUCCUCCGGCCGCCCAGGCCUUCCCCAUCUCUGCUGCUGACGCUGGGUUCCCAAAAAUAAAUGUCGACUUCCUCCCCUACGACGAGAGGCCUCUCCCCGCCAUCCGGAAGCAGCAGCAGGAGGACGUGUUCGCCUACCCGGAUCCUGAGACGGCCGAGGAGGACCCGGGGGACACUCCCCGGAGUGGCGUCGUGGGAGAGCCGGAGCCGUUGACGGAGAAAGCGCUGCGGGAGGCCAGCGCGGCCAUUGAAGUGUUUGGGGAAGGGCUGGUUGCUGGGGCCUACUCCAAAACGUGGUCCUAUCGUGAAGACUCUUUGCUGGCGAUCUACAAAAAGAUGACAGAAGUGUCUCCAAGCACGCCAAAGGAGGACCUGAAGAGCCUGCUCCGGGGUGCCAUCUUUCUCAUCGUGAGAGCCAUCAAAGACAUCGUCUCCUCGGUCUUCCAAGCUUCCUUGAAGCUCCUCAAAAUGAUCAUCACCCAGUUCAUCCCCAGGCAUAAGCUUGGGAGGCAGGAGACCAGCCACUGCGUGGAGAGGACCUUCCCCAACCUGCUUUCCAGGACCGGAGACUCCUCCGCCCGCCUCCGCGUGGCCGCGGCCAACUUCAUCCAGGAGAUGGCCCUCUGCAAUGAAGUACGGCCCCUCCAGAUUAUCCCGGCCCACCUGGUGCAGCCCCUGAAGCCAAACGCUUCCACGCACCUCUCCAUGAGCCAGGUGGAGCUGGUGGAGCGCCUACUCAGAGAUCUCGGGACCGACAACACCGGCUUCACCGUCGACAGCGUCAUGAGGUUUGCCACAGGCGCUCUGGAGCACCGGGUCUAUGAGGUCCGGGAGACGGCCCUCCAGAUCAUCUUGGACCUCUACCGCCAGCACCGGUUGGCCGUCCUGGAUUACCUCCCGCCCGACGACGCCAACACACGGAAGAACGUCCUCUACAAGACACUUUUCGACGGGUUCGCUAAAAUCGACGGCAGGCUCACGGAAUCCGAAAUGAGGACCCAGAAGAAGAUAGCCGCCGAAGAAGCCGAGAAGCAAAAGAAGGACGAAAUCAAAGUUUUGCAAGGUCAGCUGGCGGCCCUGAAGGAGAUGCAGACGGAAGCUCAAGCGGCAAAGGAGAAAGAGACGGAUUUUCAGAAAACAAAGCAUCAAGACGACACCUUCAAAAGCGCCACUGACGCUGCCACGGAAGACAAUUCCUCUGUCGCGAAUUACCUGGACAACCUUUGCAUCUUCUGUGGGGAACGGGACGACUCUUUCACCGAGGAAGGGCUGGACCUCCACUACUGGAAGCAUUGCCCCAUGCUCACGCGCUGCGACUUCUGCAAGCAGGUUGUCGAAAUUGCCAGCCUGACGGAGCACUUGCUGACUGAGUGCGAGAAGAAGGACAGCUUCGGCAAGUGUCCGCGCUGCUCUGAAGCCCUCCCGAAGGACGAACUGCCCCGGCACGUCAAGGCCAAGGCCUGCAACCCCUCCAAACCUGAAAAAGUGGCCAACCACUGUCCCUUGUGCCACGAGAACUUCACCCCGGGAGAAGAGGCCUGGAAGACGCACCUGAUGGGCAGAGACGGCUGCCGGCUGAACCUGCGGCGGACGCAGGUCUUGAACAAGAGCCUGCCGACACAGUCAGUCGCUGGCAGGCCCGCGGCGCCGCUCAACCGUUCUGGCCCGGCUGGCGCGAAGCUCCGCUCCCCCUCGGUCGGAAGCAAGAUCCCCACCCCGCGAGGAGGCUUGAAUAAAAACACUGGCAGAACGUACGCCAAGCGAUGACGUGGAUCUCUUCUUCGCCCGGGAACCCGUUGGCAGGCGACCGCAGCGGUACCCCCCGUUGCGGUACCCACAAACACCAGCCGGCCGCUAUCCACUCGUCCAUCCACACUGGUGCUUUGGUGUGGCCGGGUUGAGCUUGGGCCUUGAAGCCACCUUCCCUUGUCCCUUCUCCCUCGCAGAAAAGCACGGGGAGAAGCAAGCAAAGCCAUAGCCCUUCCUUGUUCCUCUUGCCCUUUGGCAGCCCAGUUUGGGUCCUCUGGUUUCAAUGGAAUACACCAUAAAACACCCGCCUGGAUUCUCAAA